AGGCAGUGAAAGAAAAUCAUGGUUGAGACAAUCGAAGAUCCGAGUGUUUACAAAGAGAAAGGUAAUGAAGCAUUUAAGCGCUCAGAAUGGGAUAAAGCAAUUAGUUUUUAUACGAAAGCAAUCAAAACUGGUGAAAAACAUAAAGAACUUCCAGUAUUCUAUAAAAAUCGCGCUGCUGCUUAUUUAAAGACCGAAGCAUAUGAGAGAGCUCAUGAUGAUUGUACCAAGUCACUCGACUUGCAACCGAAUGAUCAAAAAGCAUUGUUCAGAAGAGCUCAAGCUUUGGAAGCACUCGAAAGAUUCGAAGAAGCAUAUAGAGAUGCAAGAACAAUUUGGAACACCGAUCCAUCAUUUAAACCAAUCCAACCAAUCCUGGAAAGACUUCACUUGAUUGUUCAAAAUCGUGUGGCUCAGAAUGCUCAAACUUCAACUAAAGUGAGCAAAAUGUUUGAAAUUGCUUUUGACGUCGGUGCUGAGAAGUCAAAACGUGAAACUGCUAUGAGUAAUCUUGUAGUGCUUGCACGAGAGAAAGCUGGCGCUGAUAUAAUGUUUCGAGAAGGCAUUGCUGCUCGAGUCAGUAAAUUAUUUAAAGUGGAGAAAAAUGACGGAAUUUUAGUGUCAGCUAUUCGUGUAAUCGACGACAUUUGCACGAAAUCCUUGCAUUAUACUCGAAACAUUAUUCGAGAACUCGGAAUUCCGUGGUUCUUACAAAUUCUCGACAGUAAAAACCCGGAUCGUGUUAUGGCUGCUCAACAUUGCUUGCAAGUCAUUCUGAACUCAUUUUCUGGUCUUGUUAAUAAGGAAGAUGCCAAACCAGAUCAACAACUUGUUGAAGAUAACAAAAAUGAAAUCGAUACUUUGCUUACUUGUCUCUUGUAUGCGACAACUGAUCGGACAAUCACUGGUGAAGCUCGCGAUGCAGUUGUGGAGUUGUUGACAAGAAAUAUUCAUUACAAAACUUUAAGUUGGGCUGAACGGUUAGUGGAAAUUAAUGGACUUCCUCGUUUAUUGGAGAUUUGCAGUGAACUUGAAGAAUAUAAAUAUGAAUCAGCGAUGCCAAUCACACCGUCUUCCCGCACUAUUGCUUCAGUUUGCCUUGCGCGUAUCUACGAAAACAUGUAUUACGAUGAAGCGCGACAGAAAUUCUUCGCACAUGUUGAAGAAUUCGUCAAGGACAAACUUUUGAAUCCUGACUUUGAGUCGAAGGUCCGUGUCGCAGUUGCAAUAACUUCCCUUCUCUUGGGACCUUUAGACAUUGGCAAUCAAAUUUUUGCACGCGAAGGCAUUAUGCAAAUGAUUCUGGCGAUGGCCACAGAUGACGAUUUGUUGCAACAGAAGGUUGCAUGCGAAUGUCUCAUCGCAGCAGCGUCGAAGAAAGAUAAAGCGAAAGCUCUUGUAACCAUGGGCGUUGAUAUUUUAAAGAAAUUGUAUCAUUCGUCAGAUGAAGGUAUUCGAGUUCGUGCUCUUGUUGGUUUGUGUAAGCUCGGAAGUUCAGGUGGACUUGAUGCUUCGAUUCGACCUUUCGCUGAAGGAUCUACGAAAAAACUUGCUGAAGCUUGUCGACGUUUUCUGAUCAAACCUGGAAAGGAUAAAGACAUUCGUAAGUUUGCUGCUGAAGGCCUUUCUUACCUUACACUUGAUGCUGACGUUAAAGAGAAGUUGGUUGAAGAUAAAUUGGCAAUUCAAGCACUCAUUGAACUUGCGAAAAGUGGAGAUCAAUCAGUUUUGUAUGGCGUUGUUACAACAUUAGUGAAUCUUGUCAAUGCUUAUGAGAAGCAGGAACUCUUACCCGAACUUGUUGAGCUUGCGAAAUUCGCUAAACAUCAUGUGCCAGAAGAGCAUGAUUUAGAUGACGCUGAUUUCAUUGCGAAACGUGUAAUUGCGCUUGCAGAUGAAGGCGUCACUACAGCACUUGUUGCUUUAUGUAAAACUGAAAGCGAUAACUCGAAAGAAAUGAUCGCACGUGUCUUCAACGCUAUUUGUGCUGAACAAAGUGUACGUGGCAAAGUUGUUCAGCAAGGUGGAGCAAAAGUUCUGAUUCCGUUAGCUUUGAAAGGAAACGAAAUGGGCCGAAGACAUGCUGCUCAAGCUUUGUCGCGAUUGGGCAUCACGAUUAAUCCUGAACAAGCUUUUCCUGGUCAACGUACUUUAGAAGUUGUUCGACCUUUGCUCAAUCAACUUAACGCCGAAUAUACAGCGCUUGAGAACUUUGAAGCUUUGAUGGCGAUUUGUAAUCUUGCGAGUGUCAAUGAAUCGAUUCGAAGUCGUUUGAUUAAAGAACAAGGAAUGACAAGAAUCGAAGCGUUUCUUAUGGAAGAUCAUAUGCUUCUGACGAGAGCAGCAGCUCAAGUUAUCUGCAACAUGGUUGUGUCAGAUGAAUACGUGAAGUAUCAUGAAAGUGACAAUGAUCGUGUUAAGUUCCUGGCACUUCUUUGUGAAGAAGAAGAUGAAGAAACUGCACUUGCAUGUGCAGGAGCUCUUGCAAUUCUCACUUCUGUCAGUGAUAAAUGUUGUGAGAAAAUGUUAACUCCAAAAGCUUGGCUUGAAGUGUUACAUACACUCAUUGCUAAUCCGAGCCCGGAAGUUCAAUAUCGUGGAACUGUCAUCAUUCACAACAUGAUUAAGCAGAGUAAAAAUGUUGCUGAGAAGAUCUUUGAAACUGAUAUCAUGGAACUUUUGAUGGGCUUGACGCAAUUGAAUGAUGAGACGAGAGGGAAAGCUAUAGACAUGGCCCGCCAAUGCCUGAAGACAGCUGAAGAUAUGAAACUGAUUCAAGAGAAGAAGGGAGAUGAAAACGAGAUGAUGCCGGACGUGUUUGAUCGUGACAAUGUUGUCGCUGAAGAUGAAGAGUUGGAUGAAUGA